CAAGUAAAAUGCUAAAUAUUUUAGUUACAAUUUGACACCCGAUACCUGCACUUAUUACGGAGAAAAUAAUUUUACAAUUUCCAUAUAUUUUACUUAAAUUACUAGACUAUUUUAAAAAUAUCCAGAAUGCCUGCUGAUCCAUCAGAAGAAAUGGCUGGACCUCAAGUCCCCAAAACGGAAUUAGAGGAGCUUCAAAUUAAGGCUCAAGGAGUAGCUGAUGAGUCUCUCGAAAGCACGAGGCGUAUGCUUGCUCUCUGUGAGGAGAGUGCGGAAGUUGGAAUGCGAAGCAUUGUUAUGUUGGAUGAGCAAGGAGAGCAACUUGAUCGCAUUGAAGAAGGAAUGGAUCAAAUUAACGCCGAUAUGAGGGAAGCAGAAAAGAACUUAAGCGGAAUGGAAAAAUGUUGUGGAAUUUGCGUCCUACCAUGCAACAAAAGCCAAUCAUUUAAAGAAGACGAUGGAACUUGGAAAGGAAAUGAUGACGGAAAGGUAGUAAAUAAUCAACCACAAAGAGUAAUGGAUGACAGGAAUGGAAUGAUGGCGCAAGCUGGAUAUAUCGGCAGAAUUACAAAUGAUGCCAGGGAGGACGAAAUGGAAGAAAACAUGGGGCAAGUGAACACAAUGAUUGGAAAUCUUCGUAAUAUGGCGCUGGAUAUGGGCUCGGAACUGGAAAAUCAAAAUCGACAAAUUGAUAGAAUAAAUCGAAAGGGAGAAUCAAACGAAGCAAGGAUAGCUGUUGCCAAUCAAAGGGCUCAUCAACUUUUAAAAUAAUGAGUUUCUAUAUAAAGGUCCACGCCCACAAGAUUUUCCCCAAAAAUAUUUUUAUUUGUGCGUGUAUGAGACUAAUGAAACUGUCAUUUACCAAGUGCUCCAAUAGUUUUACAUUUUUGUUACCCAUUUCCGUAAAUAACGAAAAUAUCGCUUGAAAUUAAAUAUUAAACUUAUACUUUUGUUAAGCUCUUAGGUCCAGCCAUAUAAAUAAACGAAGUCAUAAAACGCCUCCAAGUGCUUAAACUUUAAAUUAUAUAUUAUUUUUUUAAAUUAUAUUUUAAAGAAUGUUUUUUUGGUAUUUAAUAAUAAAAAAUUAUGUAAUAAUAAUAAAACAUUGUUUUAUUAUUCCUAUUAAAAUAAUUGCAAGUUUUAAUUCUUAGGAUCUUAAAAUUCGAAUUACUAUUAUUAUUUAAAGUAAAAUCAGUUUUUUAAACAUCAAGCGAGAUACUCUUAAUCUGAAGCUUACAAAAUUUAAAUAUCUUAUUAAUUUUAUACAUAUAUUAAUAUAUCCCACUUACAAAUAUGAUACAUAAAUACCCUGCAAAAUUCACCCGAAAAGUUAAUUAUUUUUGGUGUAAUAAGUUAAUUAAUAUAAUCAUAAUAAUAAAAUUAACGAAAACAUAUGAAAGAAAAUUAAUAUUAGACGGGGAUGGUUAACAAAACUACUUUUAUCAAAAAAAUAAAAUUAAAUAUUAAAUAGUUUUAAUUAAAACCCUAAUCAUUAAGAGUCUUUGCAAUGUAAUAGAUGAUAUAUAUAUAAUAUUAAAUAUUAAAUGUAUGUAUAUAGAAUUAUGAUUAUUAUAAAAUUUUAAUUUAACCAAUAAACUUUAUUAUUUAAAAAGGAUUUAAUAACAUUUUUUGCUCACUCUAAAAUGUUAUUAAGAUCCUUCGAUUAUUAAGUUCUAAUAUAUAAUAAAUACAAAAUAAUUUUGACUUAAAAAAUUUGUCUCCAAAAUAAAAAUAAUGAAAUAUUAUU